UGUGUGAACCACUUCAUUGAUAACCCGCGGCUGAGGGAAACUCAGUCUCACUUCGCGGCUGUCCUCCCAUCGCCUGGUCCUGCUCUCCCUCUCUCUCCCUCUCUCUUCCUUGCGUACUAUUUCUUCCUCUGGCUCCCCAACCUCGCCCCCCUCGGCCCAGGCUCUCGGACCGUUGGUGAAACCUGGUGUUACUUUGCGAGUCUCCUGCCUCCCCAUCGCUAGGGCCUUCGUUUCCAUCCCAUCCGUCGCCAUGACUCCCGCUGCGCCGGUGGUCCUGCUGCUGCUAGGGCUCAUGGGCGCCCACGCCACGCUGCCAGCAGUGCCCUCUCUCGCGGAACUCCGCACUGCCGCCGCAAUGGGUAACUCCUUGUGCAAGACCCGCCCCACGGCUGUGUUCAUCGUGGACAGCAGUCGCAGCGUGCGACCCUCAGAGUUUCGAGCAGGUCAAGUGUUCCUGGCCAAGGUCAUCGAGGGUCUUGGACGUCGGGCCAACGCCACCCGCGUCGGAGUGGUGAACUACGGACCAGCCGGGGAAGAACGAGGUACGGGCGUGUCGCUGAAGACCUACCGCACCAAGGCAGGUCUGGUGAAGGCUGUGACCAAGAUCGAGCCCCUGUCCACGGGAACCAUGACCGGUCUGGCCAUCCAGUUUGCCCUCAACGUGGCCUUCAGCGAAAGCGAGGGUGCUCGGGUCAAGUCCCCUGACAUCAUCAAGGUGGCCAUCAUCGUGACGUACGGGCGGCCCCAGGACAACGUGAAGGAGGGGGCCCAGCGCGCCGCGACGCCGGCAUCGAGCUGUUCUCCAUCGGCUGUGGGCCGCGUGGACAUGAACACCCUGAGGCAGAUGGCCAGCGAGCCCCUGGACGACCACGUGGACUACGUGGAGAGCUACAGCGUCAUCGAGAAGCUCACCAAGAAGUUCCAGGAGGCCUUCUUACCCACAGUGUCGGACCUGUGUGCGACCGGUGAUCAUGACUGUGAGCAGGUAUGCAUCAGCACCCCGGGAUCAUUCAAGUGUGCCUGCAAAGACGGCUUUACCCUCCUGGAUGACGGCCGCAGCUGUAGUGCAUGCAGCGGCGCCGCCACAGACGUGGUUUUCGUGAUCGACGGUUCCAAGAGCGUGCGGCCCGAGAACUUUGAGCUGGUGAAGGAAGGGAUCAACCAGAUCGUAGACAAGCUAGACGUCUCCGAGGCCAAGACCCAUGUAGGGCUGGUGCAGUACUCCAGCUCCGUCAAGCAGGAGUUCCCACUGGGGCGCUUCAACAACAAGAAGGACCUGAAGGACGCGGUUAGGAAGAUGGCCUACAUGGAGCGGGGGACCAUGACGGGCCAGGCCCUCCGCUACCUGUCCGACCACAGCUUCAACCCCAGCCAAGGCUCCCGCCCAGGGGUUGCCAAGGUGGGCAUCGUCUUCACCGACGGCCGCAGCCAGGACUACAUCGGAGACGCUGCCAAGAAGGCCAAGGAGAACGGAUUCAAGAUGUACGCUGUGGGAGUGGGCAACGCCGUGGAGGACGAGCUGAAGGAGAUCGCCUCAGAGCCCACGGGGGAGCACUACUUCUACACGGCCACUUCAAGACCAAUGACCCAGAUCGCAAAGAAGCUGCAGAUCAACAUCUGCAAAGAUGAGGACCCGUGCGAAUGUGAUUCCCUUGUAAAGUUCCAGAAAAAAGUGGAGGAAGCACUCCAGGCACUGACAAAAAAACUAGAGAGUGUGUCGAAGAGGAUUGCUGCACUGGAGAGUAAAAUUGUCUAAGGACACACACCCACACAUCCAACACACACACUCUAUCUCUCUCUCUCUAUCUAUCUCUCUCUCUCUAUCUCUCUGAACAAAACGCAUCUCAUUUUGACAUUCUGUAAAAUAUUAAAGAAAGAGCAUGUGUGACUCUUGACCUUUGCUAAUCCUCUCUCUCUCUCUCUCUCUCUCUCUCUCUCUCUCUCUCUCUCUCUCUCUCUCUCUCUCUCUCUCUCUCUCUCUCUCUCUCUCUCUCUCUCUCUCUCUCUCUCUCUCUCUCUCUCUCUCACACACACACAAACACACAUAUCUUACCCUGGCCAGCUCGGUGACAUGCCGGUUGCCACGGUGACCUUCCUGUUUGUGCGUCUGCUCCUGAAGGACAUCCUCCAUAGCAGGCCUGUCUGUUUGUUAAUAAAGGUCUUCCCUCAUAGGGAAACGGUGACAGUACACCCAAGGGCUUGCGUUUCUUUCUGCCUAGUUGUGUGUCAACAGUGAUGAUGGCUGCCUUCUGUCUGUCUAUUUAUAUCUGCAGAUGCCAUCAUGUUCUGUUUUCUGAUUCUAAUGUCUAUUGCUCUACACCUCCUCCACUACAACCACAAUAGGGGUCCAUAUGUACUAUAAAUUAUUAUUUUUUUGUUGGGUAAAUAUAUAGGGCUACACAUAACAUAUAUUAUACUGACUGUUAAGAUAAAUACAAGUCUCUCUGUUCCUUGAAA